CAGUUCCUCCUGGACUCAUCUUCAGCUUUGCCUUUACUGAUUCUCAGUGCACCUCUGGGACUCAAGACAUCACGAUGGGUGACGCUCUUAUGGCAGAAUUUGGAAAAGCAGCUCCCUUCUUGAGGAAGUCAGACAAAGAACGACUCGAAGCUCAAACUAGACCAUUUGACAUCAAGACGGAAUGCUUUGUUGUGGAUGAAAAAGUGGAGUAUGUCAAGGGGCAAAUUGUCAGCAAGGAUGCAGGAAAGGUGACCGUUAAGACAGAAGAUGGGAGGACGGUCACGGCCAAAGAGGGGGAUGUCCAUCCCCAGAACCCACCUAAAUUUGAUAAAAUUGAAGAUAUGGCCAUGUUCACUUUUCUUCAUGAGCCUGCCGUGCUGUUCAACCUCAAAGAGCGUUAUGCAGCCUGGAUGAUCUACACUUACUCAGGGCUGUUUUGUGUAACAGUCAAUCCUUACAAAUGGCUGCCUGUGUAUGAUUCAGAGGUAGUGGCUGCUUACAGAGGUAAGAAGAGAACAGAAGCCCCUCCUCAUAUCUUCUCCAUCUCAGACAAUGCAUAUCAGUAUAUGCUAACUGACAGGGAGAACCAGUCAGUCCUCAUCACUGGAGAAUCUGGUGCUGGGAAGACUGUUAACACCAAGAGAGUUAUCCAGUAUUUUGCAAGUAUUGCAGCUGCUGGAGGAUCUGCCAAGAAGGACGCAAACAAGGGCACCCUGGAGGAUCAAAUCAUCCAGGCAAAUCCUGCACUUGAGGCCUUUGGCAACGCCAAAACAGUAAGAAAUGACAACUCCUCUCGUUUUGGAAAGUUUAUCCGCAUUCAUUUUGGAACAAGUGGCAAACUUUCUUCAGCUGACAUCGAAACAUAUCUGCUGGAAAAGUCCCGAGUUACCUUUCAGCUAAAAUCAGAAAGAAACUACCACAUCUUCUUUCAGAUCUUAUCCAAUGCCAAGCCAGAGCUGCUGGAUAUGCUUCUGAUUACAAACAAUCCCUACGAUUACUCUUACAUCUCCCAAGGAGAAGUAACUGUUGCAAGUAUCAAUGACAGCGAGGAGUUGUUAGCCACUGACAGUGCCUUUGAUGUGCUUGGUUUCACCCCAGAUGAGAAGAUAGGAGUGUACAAAUUGACUGGUGCCAUCAUGCAUUAUGGGAACAUGAAGUUCAAGCAAAAGCAGCGUGAGGAACAGGCUGAACCUGAUGGUAGCGAAGCUGCUGAUAAAUCUGCCUACCUAAUGGGGCUAAACAGUGCAGAUCUCCUGAAGGGACUCUGCCAUCCGAGGGUCAAGGUAGGAAAUGAAUAUGUCACAAAAGGUCAAGGUGUGGAUCAAGUAUACUACUCACUUGGUGCACUGGCUAAGUCAGUGUAUGAGAAGAUGUUCAAUUGGAUGGUGGUGCGAAUCAACCAGUCCCUAGACACAAAGCAACAUCGACAAUAUUUCAUUGGAGUGCUAGAUAUUGCUGGAUUUGAGAUCUUUGAUUUCAACACAUUUGAGCAGCUCUGCAUUAAUUUCACCAAUGAAAAACUGCAACAGUUUUUCAAUCACCACAUGUUUGUCUUGGAACAAGAAGAGUACAAGAAGGAAGGAAUAGACUGGGAGUUCAUUGACUUUGGAAUGGAUCUGCAAGCUUGCAUUGAUCUGAUUGAGAAGCCCCUUGGAAUUAUGUCUAUUCUGGAGGAGGAAUGCAUGUUUCCAAAGGCGAGUGAUCAGACCUUCAAAGCGAAACUAUAUGAUAAUCAUCUUGGCAAGUCCAACAUGUUCCAGAAGCCUCGUGCAGCCAAAGGCAAAGCAGAGGCACACUUUGCAUUGGUUCACUAUGCUGGCACUGUUGAUUACAACAUUUCAGGCUGGCUUGUGAAGAACAAAGAUCCACUGAAUGAAACAGUAGUUGGGCUGUAUCAAAAGUCCUCUCUCAAGCUUCUAAGCCUUCUCUUCUCAAGCUAUGCAGGAGCAGAGGGAGGUGAAAAGUCCGGUGGGAAAGGAGCCAAAAAGAAGGGUUCAUCCUUUCAGACUGUGUCUGCCCUGCACAGAGAAAAUCUAAAUAAACUGAUGACCAAUCUCCGAACAACUCACCCACAUUUUGUUCGCUGUUUGAUUCCAAAUGAGAGCAAAACUCCUGGAAUCAUGGACAACUGCAUUGUGAUGCACCAGCUUCGCUGUAAUGGUGUGCUGGAGGGUAUCAGAAUUUGCAGGAAAGGUUUUCCAAACAGGGUGCUCUAUGGAGACUUUAAACAGAGGUACAGAAUUCUCAAUGCAUCUGCUAUCCCAGAAGGCCAGUUCAUUGAAAACAAGAAAAGUGCUGAGAAACUCCUGGGAUCACUUGACAUUGAUCAUACACAGUACAGGUUUGGCCACACAAAGGUCUUUUUCAAAGCAGGUCUGCUGGGUACCCUAGAGGAGAUGCGAGAUGAGCAACUUGCUCGCAUCAUUACAAGGAUACAAGCUAAUGCUCGAGCUCUGCUAAUGAGAGCAGAAUAUCUGAAGCUUGUUGAACGGAGGGAUGCCUUAAUGGUCAUUCAGUGGAACCUUCGCUCCUUCCUGAGUGUUAAAAACUGGCCAUGGAUGAAAAUGUUCUUCAAAAUAAAGCCCCUUCUCAAGAGUGCAGAGUCUGAGAAAGAGAUGGCAAACAUGAAGGAAGAAUUUAAUAAGUUAAAAGAAGCGCUUGAUAAAUCUGACAGCAGAAGGAAAGAGUUGGAGGAGAAAAUGGUCACAAUUCUUCAAGAAAAGAACGAUUUACUUCUCCAGCUGCAAUCAGAGCAAGAUACACUGACAGAUGCUGAGGAACGAUGUGAGCAGUUGAUUAAAAGCAAGAUUCAACUGGAGGCUAAAGUAAAAGAACUAACUGAGCGGAUUGAAGAUGAAGAAGAGAUGAAUGCAGACCUCACAGCCAAAAAGCGAAAGUUGGAGGAUGAAUGCUCUGAGCUUAAGAAAGACAUAGAUGACCUUGAGCUUACUCUGGCCAAGGUUGAAAAAGAAAAGCAUGCCACUGAGAACAAAGUAAAGAACCUCACUGAGGAAAUGGCCUCCCAGGAUGAGAUCAUAAUGAAGCUCACAAAGGAGAAAAAAGCUCUACAGGAGGCUCACCAACAGACACUGGAUGACCUGCAGAGUGAAGAGGAUAAAGCUAAUACCUUGACAAAAGCCAAAGUUAAGCUUGAGCAGCAAGUUGAUGACCUAGAGGGCUCCCUUGAACAAGAAAAAAAAGUUAGGAUGGAUCUUGAACGUGCUAAAAGAAAACUAGAAGGAGACCUAAAACUUACUCAAGAAAAUAUAAUGGAUUUGGAGAACGACAAACAGCAACAAGAAGAGAAACUAAAGAAGAAAGACUUUGAAAUAUGCCAGCUAAAUGGAAAAAUUGAGGAUGAGCAGAUGAUAGGAAUUCAACUACAAAAAAAGUUAAAAGAAAGCCAAGCUCGUAUCGAGGAACUGGAGGAAGAGCUGGAUGCUGAGCGUGCAGCUCGUGCAAAAGUGGAGAAGCAGCGAUCCGAUCUCUCGCGAGAACUAGAAGACAUUAGUGAGCGCCUUGAGGAGGCAGGUGGAGCCACAUCUGCUCAAGUGGAACUUAACAAGAAAAGGGAGACUGAGUUUCAGAAGCUGCGCCGGGAUCUUGAGGAAUCUACCCUUCAGCACGAGGCCACUUCCGCUGCUCUCCGAAAGAAGCAUGCUGAUUCAGUGUCUGAACUUGGGGAACAAAUUGACAACCUGCAGCGUGUUAAGCAAAAGCUAGAGAAAGAGAAGACAGAACUGAAGUUGGAGCUGGAUGACCUGGCCUCAAACAUGGAGAGUAUUGUAAAAGCCAAGGUCAACCUUGAAAAAAUGUGCCGUUCAAUGGAAGAUCAAAUGAAUGAGCAUCGGUCUAAAGCUGAAGAGGCCCAGAGAGCUCUUAGUGACUUCUCAACCCAAAAAGCCAAGCUGCUGACUGAAAACGGUGAACUUGGACGGCAGUUGGAGGAGAAAGAGUGCUUGAUCUCUCAACUUACAAGAGGUAAGACCUCUUAUACCCAACAGCUAGAGGACCUGAGAAGACAACUUGAGGAAGAAGUGAAAGCAAAGAAUGCCUUAGCUCAUGCUGUACAGUCUUCUCGUCAUGACUGUGACUUGCUGAGAGAGCAGAUAGAGGAAGAACAGGAGGCUAAGACAGAGCUCCAGCGGGCACUAUCAAAGGCAAAUACCGAAGUUGCAACAUGGAGAGCGAAGUAUGAAACUGAUGGGAUUCAGAGAACAGAAGAACUAGAGGAGGCUAAAAAGAAACUUGUCCAAAGGCUACAAGAGGCGGAAGAGGCAGUAGAAGCAGUGAACGCAAAGUGUUCCUCUCUUGAAAAAACUAAGCAUCGACUGCAAAAUGAGAUUGAAGAUCUUAUGUUGGAUCUUGAGCGCUCAAAUGCAGCCUCUGCUUCUUUGGACAAGAAACAGCGUGGCUUUGACAAAGUCAUGGCAGAGUGGAAGCAGAAGUAUGAGGAGUCACAGUGUGAACUGGAGGCAUCCCAGAAGGAAGCACGGAACCUGAGUACUGAACUAUUCAAACUGAAGAAUGCUUAUGAGGAAUGUCUUGAUCAACUUGAGACCAUGAAAAGGGAGAACAAGAACCUGCAAGAGGAGAUAUCAGACAUGACAGAUCAGCUUGGGGAAGGCGGUAAGAGUGUACAUGAGCUUGAGAAACUUAGAAAACAACUUGAACAAGAGAAAGCAGAGUUGCAAUCAGCACUGGAGGAAGCAGAGGCCUCUGUAGAGCAUGAAGAAAGCAAGACCCUGCGAUCCCAACUUGAGUUCAAUCAAAUGAAGGCAGACAUUGAACGAAAGCUGUCUGAGAAGGACGAAGAGAUGGAGCAGGCAAAGAGAAAUUACCAACGAAUGGUGGAAUCCUUACAGACUUCUCUUGAGGCAGAAACAAGAAGCCGAAAUGAGGCAUUAAGAGUCAAGAAAAAGAUGGAGGGAGACCUCAAUGAAAUGGAAAUACAACUAAGUCAAGCCAACAGACAGGCGGCUGAUGCCCAGAAACAACUGAAGAUGGUCCAGUCAUUCCUGAAGGAUGCUCAGCUUCAACUGGAUGAUUCUUCUCAUUCUAAUGACGAUCUCAAAGAGAACAUGGCCCUUUCAGAACGCAGAAAUAACCUUCUUCAAGCAGAGCUCGAGGAACUUAGGGGAUUGCUGGAGCAAACCGAGAGAGGGCGUAAACUAGCCGAGCAAGAGCUUACAGAUGCAACCGAAAGGAUUCAGCUACUGCAUUCCCAAAACACUUGCCUUAUCAAUCAAAAGAAAAAGCAAGAGGCUGAUUUGCUACAGCUCCAAAAUGAGAUGGAAGACCUGGUACAAGAGAGUCGCAAUGCUGAAGAGAAGGCAAAAAAAGCCAUAACUGAUGCAGCUAUGAUGGCUGAGGAGUUGAAGAAAGAGCAAGACACCAGUGCCCAUCUUGAGAGAAUGAAAAAGAACAUGGAGCAGACCAUUAAAGACUUGCAACACAGACUGGAUGAGGCUGAACAAAUAGCUAUGAAGGGUGGUAAGAAACAGCUCCAGAAGCUAGAGGCCCGCAUACGUGACCUUGAGAAUGAGUUGGAAGCAGAACAAAAACGAGGCACAGAGUCCAUUAAAGCAGUUCGCAAGUAUGAGCGCCGCAUUAAGGAACUCACCUAUCAGACAGAAGAGGAUCGCAAGAACAUGACAAGAAUCCAGGAUUUGGUGGACAAGCUACAGCUGAAAGUGAAGGCAUACAAGCGCUCUGCUGAGGAAGCUGAAGAACAAGCUAAUGUCAACCUGGCCAAGCUACGAAAACUACAGCACGAGCUGGAAGAGGCAGAGGAGCGUGCAGAUAUUGCAGAAUCCCAGGUGAACAAGCUGCGUGCCAAGACUAGGGAUGGUGUGCCUGGCAAAAAAUCCCAGGAUGAGUAACAUCACGUCAUGUGAUGAUCACAGCACCUUGAUUGUGCUCAUUACUUUUCUUUUUCUCCAUCAAUUUAGAAGUUUGGAUAUCAUGUUUGCAGUAAAGCCCAAAUACAUUAAUUAAUGACAAAAAGUAAUACUACUAAUACCUUUAUACUACUAAUAGUAGAAUACAGUAAUAAUUAGUUAAAAUGUAUAAUUGCUUCAAAUUAAGUGUUUUUUCAUUGAUUUUGCUGAAUACUUUUCUGAAAUUGAAAGUGUGUUAUGCCACUUUACAGUUCAUACUUAAUGAUUGUGAAAAAUAAUGCCAAUUGUCAUCAUGAUGCCCUCAAUAAAACGUAACCAAUGAUUUCCAGUAGAAAUAAACACAAGCAUUGCACCA